AUGCGGGGAUCUCUGCUCCUCCUUUUGGCGCCCCUCGUGGGAGCUGCCCUUCUGGAGACUCGUGGUAGUCCCGAUGACUGUCCCGGCUACAAGGUUGUGAACGUCCGCGAGAAGGAUCACUCUUUCGAAGCUGACCUUACUAUCGCUGGCGACCACUGCGAUGUCUACGGUACUGAUUUGGAGAACCUGAAGCUGUUUGUCGAAUACCAGACUGAUGAUCGCCUUCACGUUCUCAUCUCCGACCUCGAGGAAGAUGUUUAUCAGGUUCCCACUUCUGUCUUGCGCCGUCCCGAUGCCAACGGUGAUCACCAUGACAACAAGCCCAACAUCCGCUUUGACUACGAGGAGGAGCCUUUCUCCUUCCGUUACCUCAGACUGCGGACCUGGCUGCCUGCUGACCCGUAUCUGUACGGUCUGGGCGAGCACACUGAUUCUCUGCGUCUGCCGAAUAAGAACUACACCCGUACCCUCUGGAGUCGUGAUGCCUACGGUAUUCCAGAGAACACCAACUUGUAUGGUAACCACCCCAUCUACGUGGACCACCGUGGUGACGAUGGUACCCACGGAGUGUUCUUCCUGAACUCCAACGGCAUGGAUAUCAAGAUCGAUCAGGCCGACGAUGGACGCCAGUAUCUGGAGUACAAUACCAUUGGUGGUGUUUUGGAUUUCUAUUUCCUCGCUGGUCCGACGCCCAAGGAAGUGGCCAAGCAGUACUCAGAAGUUGUGGGACUGCCCGCGAUGCAGGCCUACUGGACCUUUGGUUACCACAACUGCCGCUAUGGAUAUCAGGAUGUCUAUGAUGUCGCCGAGGUUGUCUACAACUACAGCCGUGCUCACAUUCCUCUGGAGACCAUGUGGACUGAUAUCGACUACAUGGAUCGCCGCCGGGUGUUCACUCUCGAUCCCGAGCGCUUCCCACUGGAGAAGAUGCGCGAGCUCGUGGAUCACCUGCACAAGCAUGACCAGCACUACAUUGUGAUGGUGGAUCCUGCCGUUAGCGAUAGUGACAACGGUGCCGCCAACCGAGGCAAAGAGCAAGGCAUCUUCCUCACCCGCGGCGAGGAACUCUACCAAGGUGCCGUCUGGCCCGGUGUCACCGUCUACCCCGACUGGUUCAACCCCGGCACACAAGAAUGGUGGGACAACGAAUUUGCCCGGUUCUUCGACCCUGCCAAGGGUGUUGACAUUGACGGUCUAUGGAUCGACAUGAACGAGGCUGCCAACUUCUGCCCCUGGCCUUGCAAGGACCCCGCGGCCUAUGCGGAGGAGAACGACUUGCCCCCAGCUGCUCCAGCUGUCCGCGACUCCUCGCCUCGUCCCCUGCCCGGUUUCCCGUCUGACUUCCAGCCCAAGAAGUCUCCCACUGUCAAGCGGUCUGCCUCGGGGAAGACUCGUCGUGCAAAGGGUACCAAGGCGGGUCUGCCUGAUCGGAAUCUUCUUUCGCCCCCGUAUCAGAUUGCCAAUGCGGCUGGGUCGUUGAGUAACAAGACUAUUGAUACGGAUCUUGUUCACGAGGGUGGUGAUUCUUUUGUGGAGUAUGAUACUCACAAUCUCUAUGGUACAAUGAUGAGUUCUGCAUCUCGCCAGGCUAUGGUUCUGCGUCGUCCUGACGUCCGUCCUCUGGUGAUCACUCGCAGCACUUUUGCUGGUGCCGGUGCUCACGUUGGUCACUGGCUCGGCGACAACCUCAGCCAGUGGGACAAGUACCGUGUCUCAAUCUCACAGAUGCUGGCAUUUGCCUCCAUCUUCCAGAUCCCAAUGGUCGGAUCAGACGUCUGUGGAUUCGGUGGUAAUACGACAGAGGAGUUGUGCGCUCGCUGGGCGACUCUUGGCGCCUUUAACCCCUUCUACCGUAACCACAACGAACUCGGCGCAAUCCCCCAGGAAUUCUACCGCUGGCCCACCGUCGCCAACGCCGCGCGCAAGGCCAUCGAGACCCGGUACCGCCUGCUCGAUUAUCUGUACACGGCCUUCCACCGUCAAACACAAACCGGCGAGCCCUUCCUGCAGCCACUUCUCCCCGUCCAAGACGUCGGCCAAACCUCGGUGGACGCCUACUUCCCCAACGACGUCUUCUACGACUGGAACUCCGGCGCCGUGAUCCACGGCCAAGGGGCCACCGUACACCUGGAUAACAUCGACGUAACCGAGAUCCCGAUUCACAUCCGCGGCGGUAGCGUGAUCCCCCUGCGCUCUAAGAGCGCAAUGACCACUGCCGAGCUGCGUCGUCGUGGAUUCGAGAUUCUGGUUGCACCGAAUCAGAGCGGUUACGCCUCGGGCUCGUUGUACCUUGAUGAUGGCGAGUCCUUGGACACGGCUAGCAGUCUGAUUGAGUUUGAGUAUAACCGUGGCCAUCUUACGAUCCGGGGUCAGUUCGGAUACCGGGCUAAUGUGGUUAUUGAGUCUGUGACUGUGCUGCGACAGAGUCGGCCGUGGAAAGCGAAGCGUGGUGUGGAAUUCGAUGCGGCGAAGCAUAGUAUUACCAAGAAGGUGGAUAUUGACUUGAGCGGGCCUGCUGAGAUUGACAUUUAG